UAACCUCGAUAAGAUGUGGCACGGCAUUGUGUUGUUUAAUUGAGAAUUCUAUUUCACCAUUCGGUAAUCUACCACUAGCCUUGCACACGGGACUAGAUUCUAAUUGUAGAACUUCUUUACUAUCCGAGCAACACACCGCUAAUGUAAAUAGCCAUAACUUAUCCUCACAAAUUCAGCGCGGUUCGAAUCACGAAUCUUGCUUACAACCUAACAAAUUAGGUCAUUCAAUUCUCUCCCAAACAUGCGAGGAAUCGAUGCAGCCGCGCGAAAAUAAGACGGAUUCCGUGGAGAGAAGAUGGGAGCGCCAGGUUAUUGGCUCUUGUUUGGAGACAGACUACUGUUCUUCUCAGAUAAGGGAUGAUAUUUCUAAGCGCACAGCAAUGUCAACAGAAACAGCGUCUGACAUGGGGAACGGGAGUGACAGCGCAAUAGGGCAUGCUUGGCCAACGCAAGUCCUUGCGACUGAACAAAGCGAUGCAGCUAAAUCCCAAAUGUAUAUAGACACGUGCGACUGUGAAUUUUGCGUCCACAGUUCACAUGCUAACACACUGAGAUACAACAAGUUGUUUCUUAGCAACGGUGAAGGUCAAGACCUUGAGGAUCGCUUUAGUUACGAAUAUAGCUGCGGCGAACUAGGUGACAAUGCGUAUGCGUGGGAAGACGACUGUUAUCAAAAUGACUGCGAUGAAAAUAACAUCGAGGAAUUGACACGCCUGAAUCUGGACAAUAUUGCGGACGAUACCGAAACAGAUAUAACGGAUUCUGAUACGGAGUGCAAUUUGAGCUUCAAGGUUGGUCCGCUUGUAUCCUCGAUGUUCUCAAACGAAGACCAUCUUUAUGGUUACAGUGACCAUGGCAACGAAGGUGAUAUUGACUCCACCGACGAUGACGACGAGCGCGAUGUGUACAUGGACGCCAUGGAAACCAGUUACGUCUGAUGUAUAAUUUUCCAAAUCAAAAUAUUAACUUUACAACUUCGCAUAUCUGUUUCAUCUUUUGCUGAAUUGCCUGUUAACGCUUUGGUACACGUUGCUCAAGUGGCUGUCAUCGUUUCAUUUGUCGUUCAUGUAUUUAGUACAGACCAACAUAGCUCACAAUACGUUGGGAACGUUCA